UGCUACAGGUCUGCAGCAGUCUGAAGCCUGAAUAGAGUCUGAGCAGCAACUCCUGCAUUUGCAUCUGAUGCAGACUUCAAGCAGAUUUCAGCCGGCGGACUACACACCGCGGAGGGUUCUGAACUUCACAAAACUUUGCGCUUCGAGGAUUAGAACAGUCAAUAAAACACACCACUAGCGUUACUCCUUUAUUUUUUAACGUUUUAUUCAUAGUUUUAAAUCGUAUUUUAAUUCAGGUUGGAGUUAUUUAAAUAACAUUUGCUUGAGUAGGUGCAGACGGACUUGUUGGUCUUGCGGAGCAGCACUAAAUCCACAGCACCAAAGAAUACCGGUGCACAAUCCGCCGUUUACCUCCUCGAGCCAGGGUAAACGAGUUCGCUAAAACUGAGAAGUUUGGCCCUGGGAUGCUCCUGUGUAGCUCUAGAUAAAAAACAAUAACUUUUUAGCGAAGACUUGCUCUCUUCGUCACUGCGUAGACCGCCACAAAGGUAGUCGUUUUCGUAUAACGUCCAGAAGAAAAAAACCCAGCAGACUUCUCGAGACAGGACGGACUUGACUGAACUCAAGAUGUCAAUUUUGCCUUUCACUCCCCCCAUCGUCAAAAGACUUUUGGGCUGGAAGAAGGGAGAGCAGAACGGCCAGGAGGAGAAGUGGUGCGAAAAGGCGGUGAAAAGUCUAGUGAAGAAGCUGAAGAAGACGGGACAGCUGGAUGAACUGGAGAAAGCCAUCACCACGCAGAAUAUCAACACAAAAUGCAUCACCAUACCGAGGUCUUUGGAUGGCCGUCUGCAGGUCUCCCACAGGAAGGGUCUGCCUCAUGUCAUCUACUGUCGGCUGUGGCGCUGGCCCGACCUUCAGUCUCACCACGAGCUGAGAGCGGUGGAGCUGUGCGAGUAUGCCUUCCACACAAAGAAAGAUGAAGUAUGUGUCAACCCAUACCAUUACCAGAGAGUGGAGACACCAGUUCUUCCACCGGUGCUGGUGCCCAGACACACUGAAAUCCCCAGUGAGUUCCCUCCCCUGGAUGACUACAGCCAUUCAAUCCCUGAAAAUACCAAUUUCCCUGCUGGCAUUGAGCCCCAGAGCAACUACAUACCAGAAACACCUCCACCAGGAUACCUCAGCGAGGAUGGAGAGACUAGUGAUCACCAGAUGACCCACAUGGACACAAGCUCUCCAAACCUGUCUCCGAACCCCGUCUCACCCACACACAGUAACUUAGAUCUCCAGCCAGUAACAUACUGUGAGCCAGCGUUCUGGUGCUCCAUUUCCUACUACGAGCUGAACCAGCGAGUAGGGGAGACCUUCCACGCCUCACAGCCCUCGUUGACGGUGGAUGGCUUCACAGACCCCUCAAACUCUGAGCGUUUCUGCCUCGGAUUGUUGUCCAACGUCAACCGCAAUGCAGCAGUGGAGUUAACACGCAGACACAUCGGGCGCGGUGUGCGGCUGUACUACAUCGGAGGAGAAGUGUUUGCAGAGUGUCUCAGUGAUAGCGCUAUCUUCGUCCAGAGCCCCAACUGUAAUCAGCGUUAUGGUUGGCACCCCGCCACUGUCUGCAAGAUCCCCCCAGGAUGUAACCUCAAGAUCUUCAACAACCAGGAAUUUGCUGCCCUGCUAGCACAGUCAGUCAACCAGGGCUUUGAGGCUGUUUACCAGCUUACCAGGAUGUGCACCAUCCGCAUGAGCUUCGUCAAGGGCUGGGGAGCUGAAUACAGGAGGCAGACAGUGACCAGCACCCCCUGCUGGAUCGAGCUGCACCUGAACGGCCCGCUGCAGUGGCUCGACAAGGUGCUCACACAGAUGGGCUCCCCGAACAUCCACUGCUCCAGCGUCUCCUAGGGCAGCAUCUCCUCGCCCCGCCCACCCUCCUGUGCACCUCGUCUCCUCAUCAGAGACACGAAACUUAAACUAAAAGAUGACAGACUCUUCAUUCAGCCACUCUUUAUCGCCCACAAACACACACUUGCCAUCAGAAGCACUUUUCACAGUUUGUGGCAAAAGGGGACAAGUGCAUUAAAGUCGGACCGUGUUAGUAAAACCUGAUGCUAGUUUUAAUCUCUGAGGGCCAGAGAGGCUUUAGACUUACGGAGUUCUUAUUUUAUUUGCUCUUUGAUUGAAAACUGUUUAUGGUUUUGAUCAUCUGUACAGAUUUUAAGAUCAAUUAGAAAAAAGAAAGAAAUAUGUGGAUUGUGUUAGUCCCACAUUUCUGAAUCUUAAACAUUUCAGUUGACUUUUUUAGUAUUUGGUCAUCUGACGUUUUGGUGCAGAUGUGAAUCAGUUAGCCAGACCGAAAGUGAUGCCUAUAAUAAAAGGAGACGGUUAUGUUUACAGGAAUAUUUUUAGCUCUCGUUUCUUCAGCUUGUUAAACAGGAAUGUUCAUCUUCAAACGGGAUCAGAUUACAGACGAGCUGAAACAUUCAAACCCGUCUAAAGAAACUGUCAAAGUUUGUGACACCGGUUUGACAGUAGAUGAGAAGCAGCUGGUAGUAAACUUUAAAACUUUACUCAAGUAUUUAGAAACAGCUAAACUUGCUGGAAGUAGCUGCAUGAAUGUUGAACUCUGGUUGAAAGUUGAUAUUCCGGUCUAAGGAGGUUGGGAAAACUCAUCAAAGUUUAAAUGAGAGAAUUAUGCAUUAAAAUCAGGAAGCUUUGCCACUUUUCAACCCAGUUUUGCUGCAUUUUAUGUUGUAAUGAAUAAAUGCUUUUAAACUUGAACACAUCUCACAUACUUUAAUGUCCUUCAGACUUCUAGAGCUGAGCAGACUUAUGUGAACACGUAAUGUGUGAAAACUGCAGGAAGGAGCGAGACUUAAGAGCAGCUUCUAACUGGUCUUAUUUUAGCCACACUGACUUUUCACAUAGGACUCAAGAGGGAAAACCGCUGGAAAUAAAAACAUCAUUAAGUGAUGAAUCAUAGUUCAGACUUUCAGGUGUGUGUUUUUUAUAGCAGUCAGUUUUGUCCAGGCGGUGUGACCUGAGCGAACACACCACUGGCUGCUUUGGAGGCCAAUUCUCUACUUGCUAACCGAUUUCAUCAAAGCUUCUGACAAAGGGAAACAUGUAGAUAAAUAGAAGCAUGUAAAUAUCAGUAGUGUCUUAAAAUGUGUCCUUUUUUAAUUUUCAGGUCUCUACGUUUAACACACAGAUGUGUGUUUAUUUGUGACCAGUAUUAAAUGAAUGGGUUACGAGGCAGAAAAGUUUUUAAAAAGUUUCUAGUUUCCUGUGAAGCGCCCACUCAGGUGGAAGUGGAUCAGUUUCCUUCUGUAACACUAGACAAUAAUGCCAGCCGGUCGGUGCUAAUCUAACAUGUUAGGGGCUAAAAGGAAACAGCAAAGAUGUUUAUGUUCAUAGAAUUUUAUGAAAUGUUAAAAAAGUGACGUGUGAACCUGAAAACUGAAGUGUGAGAUUGUUUCAGAACCAGUAGCAUCUACCAGUCUGGAACAAACCAGCGUGCCGUGUCCCUGAUUCUGUUGGGAUCUUAAACAUGUUUAAUGUAUUUACCCAGUUGGGAAAAGGGUUUUUUAUACACUCAAAAACAUUGUUUGCUUUAUCUUCCCGUGUUUAAUAGGUGACUGUAAUAAUGAGCUGUGAUUUACGCUCUCCUGCUCUGAAUUGGUUUUUAGAUAUUUUAUUUCCCUGCCUUUAUUAUACGGUUGUGAUGCUUUGUAUUAUUGUGUUCAAUAAAUAAAAAUGUAAAAGUUGUGGUGAAACCAGA